GCUUGGGUUUUGAAGAUCAUGGUGGUGUGGUACAGAGAAAACACUCUUUUUCUGCAUGUUCAUUGUGCAUACUUCUGUGGCACGAUUCUUGUCCUCACUACAGGGCGGACUUGCAACCUUUUGUCGUGAGUUGGAGGUUCUGUCUCGGCAGCGACACCCGUUCAUUCUUCGUCUUCUUGGGGCUACAGUCAGUCCCCCAGAUCAUUGCUGGGUCAUUACAGAACUUCUACAUGGAGGAACUGUUACAGAGUGGUUACAUGGAGAGAAGAAAAGAACUUGGUACCGAAAAGUCCCCCUCCCUGCAUUGACAGAGCGGCUGCGCAUUGCCCUAGAGGUGGCACUAGGAAUGCAGUAUCUUCACGAACAGAAGCCGAUGGUUGUCCAUCGCGACCUGAAGCCGAGCAACAUAUUUCUUGAUGACGGACGGCAUGCUCACAUUGCUGACUUUGGAUAUGCACGUUUUCUUCGGCCCAGCGACAUGUAUCUGUCUGGAGAAACAGGCACCUACAUGUAUAUGGCACCGGAAGUUGUGAGAAGAGAUCAAUACAACCACAAGUGUGAUGUGUACAGCUUUGGGGUGUUGUUGAAUGAACUCGUUACUGGCGUUCCUCCAUACAUAGACAAGCAAUUGACACCGGUCCAGAUUGCCAAUGGUGUAGCCGAUGGGUGGCUUCGGCCUGCUGUGUCGAAGAGUAUGCAAAGUGAUUUGCUGGAGUUAAUCUCAUCAUGUUGGAGCCAGGAUCCGCAGAAGCGACCAAACUUCUCUGAGGCGGUUUCUGUGCUAAAAGCAGUUCGGGAACGAGCUGUAUACCAGAGACUGGUUCCGAGGAGCUUCACGUCUACGGGUUCUUCUGGGACUACAACAUCUCCAACAUCAGAGUGAGAAUGAUUUCCAGUUUGAGAAGGCACUUGUGUUCUCUCUCCUGCAAUUGAAAGCUUGCUGCAAAUGCAUGAAGGCUUCACUUCG